ACGUCAGAAAAAAAAAAAAAAAAGUUUGCAGAAUGUCCCACACCGAAAAAAAAAAUCCGAAACCGAGCGAAAAAAACCUGCGAGUGGGCCUGGCGGAUGGGAUUAUUAAAGCUUCGCCGGAGCCGCGGCUCGCCCUCCCACUCCGUCAGCCUCGGGAGAGGAGCCGCGCCCGCCGGCCGCCCCCAGCCCCAUGGACCUCCGAGCAGGGGACUCGUGGGGGCUGCUAGCUUGCCUGUGCACUGUGCUCUGGCACCUCCCUGCAGUGCCAGCCCUGAACCGCACAGGGGACCCAGGGCCCGGCCCCUCUAUCCAGAAAACCUAUGACCUCACCCGCUACCUGGAGCACCAACUCCGCAGCUUGGCUGGGACUUAUCUGAACUACCUGGGCCCCCCUUUCAAUGAGCCUGACUUCAACCCACCUCGGCUAGGGGCAGAGACUCUGCCCAGAGCCACUGUCGACCCUGACGUGUGGCGGAGCCUCAACGACAAACUGCGGCUGACCCAGAACUACGAGGCCUACAGCCACCUUCUGUGCUACCUGCGAGGCCUCAACCGCCAGGCCGCCACAGCUGAGCUGCGCCGCAGCCUGGCCCACUUCUGCACCAGCCUCCAGGGCCUGCUGGGCAGCAUUGCAGGCGUCAUGGCAGCCCUGGGCUACCCGCUGCCCCAGCCCCUGCCUGGGACAGAGCCCACCUGGGCCCCUGGCCCUGCCCACAGCAACUUCCUCCAGAAGAUGGACGACUUCUGGCUGCUGAAGGAGCUGCAGACCUGGCUGUGGCGCUCAGCCAAGGACUUCAACCGGCUCAAGAAGAAGAUGCAGCCUUCAGCGGCUGCGGUUACCCUGCGCCUGGAGGCCCAUGGCUUCUGAUCUCUGCCUUACCAUCUUCCUCCUCCCCCUUCCCCUUGAAACCAUGCUCCCUUCUGGGAGAGAGAAAUCUGUAUGCCAACACCUGUUGAGCCAGGAGACAGAAGCCAUGAGCCUCUGGCCCUCCCCUGGACAGGACAGGGGUGUGAUGCAGUAGCCCUGUCCCCUCCCCGCCUCCCCAAGUCCUACAGGUCUGGGGAAGAGGUGCAAUAGGCCCUAUCCAAUUUCCACAAGAAGUACUGCUCAAGAGAGCCCCAAGUGGUCUAAGUUGGCACAAAGGUCUCCUGCUUCCUGCCCACCAUAGCCAGUGCCUCCCAGCCUUUCAAGCACCUCCAGGAAGCGUGACAGUAGGGCAGGGAUUGGGGACAUCACAGCAAGUGCCUUUCUGGGGGUGAAGCCCUUUGGCUGCCCACUCUCCUUGGAUGUGUGUUGUUUCCCCACCCCCAAAUAACUACAUGUCCGGGUCAGGAAACAAACAUGGUGGCACAACUAAGCAGGAAGAACAGGAUUAAAGAUGGAAGAGGUGGGCUCUGCAUUGGAGGUGGCCUGUAAACCAGAGAGGUAAUACUGAAAGCAGAGGGGCAGGGACAGACCGGACCCAGGGGCCACCAAGGCAAUCGGCGGCCCAGGGUGGCAAACAAAGCCACGGUGAGCAUCUGGACCUUGCCUUGCGGUGUCUUGCCGGCAUCACGGUGCCUCCUCCCGCCCCUUCCCCAGGGUAUCUAUGGGUUGCCCAGGCUGGGGAGGGCAACCAUAGCCACAGCCACAGGAUUUCCUGAAAGUUUACAUUGCAGUAGCAUUUCGGGGUGUAGGGGGCAGUUCCCCCUGGCCCUGCCCCUCAGCCCCACCCACUCAUGACUCUAAGUUUGUUGUAUUAAUAUUUAUUUAUUUGGAGAUGUUAUUUAUUAGAUGAUAUUUAUUGCAGAAUUUCUAUUCUUGUAUUAACAAAUAAAAUGCUUUCCCCAGAA